UUUGCAUUGGCCCAUGAAUUCAUUCUUUUCCGGUAAUAUCUUAAAGGGGUAAUUCUGAUUGUUUCCAGUUGUUUCCCACCUCGCACAUAAUGCCACGAGAAAUCAAAGAAAUUAAGGACUUUCUAUUGAAAGCCAGGAGGAAGGAUGCCAAAUCUGUAAAAAUCAAGAAAAAUGCUGACAAUGUCAAGUUCAAAGUUCGGUGUUCAAGAUUUUUAUAUACGCUUGUGAUCACAGACAAGGAAAAGGCAGAGAAAUUAAAACAAUCCUUACCUCCAGGUCUUCAAGUAAAAGAAGUAAAGAGGAGCGAACGUAUGUAAUUAAUUGAAUAAAGUAAUUUUAUAAUCAUA